AUGGAGCCCAGCAGCGGGAGCCGGGAUGCCAGGCCCGCCGUUACGCUGGUGGCGGUUGUGCUGCCGGCGGGCGGGAGUGGGGAGCGCCUGGGCGGCGCCACUCCCAAGCAGUUCUGCGCUGUACAAGGCAGGCCGCUCAUCAGCUACACAGUGCGGGCGAUGGAGAGGAUAAGUUGGAUAUGUGACAUAAUUGUGGUGGUCUCUCCUGAAAAUGUUGAAACAAUGAAGUCCAUCAUUGAGAAAUAUGGCCACAAGAGAGUUACAGUAGUAAAAGGUGGAAUAACUCGUCAUCGCUCAAUUUUCAACGGACUGAAAGUAUUUGCAGAGAGUGAACUUUCCAACCAUUUGCUCCAGAAACCAGAAAUAGUGAUUAUCCAUGAUGCUGUGAGGCCAUUUGUCGAAGAAGAUAUUCUUUCAAAAGUGGUCAUGGCUGCUAAAGAAUAUGGGGCAGCAGGAGCAAUUCGUCCUCUAGUUUCUACUGUUAUUGCCUCUGCUGCAGAUGGUUGUUUAGACCACUCAUUGGAACGUGCCAGGUACAGAGCGAGUGAAAUGCCUCAGGCUUUCUUGUUUGAUAUAAUCUAUAAAGCAUACCAACAGUGCACAGACUAUGAUUUGGACUAUGGAACUGAAUGUUUGCAUCUGGCUCUGAAAUACUGUGAAACAAAUGCCAAACUUGUUGAAGGACCAGCUGACCUCUGGAAGGUGACCUACAAGCGGGAUUUGUAUGCAGCUGAAUCGAUUAUUAAGGACAACCUAUCACAAGAAGUUUGUGUUAUUACUGAUGUGAAGGAAGCUGUUGCACAAGUAGGUUUUCACUUUCAUGAAUCGCUGAAAAGCCAAAUGAAAGUUGAAGCUAUAUCAGUAUCUCUAAGCAAAAUUGAUAGCCACCUACAAAGCAUCUUUUCAGGACAGUGCUACAAUUUUGUUUGUGUAAAUGAUAAAAAGUAUGCCAUUGAAGAAACCCAGCAACUAGUGGAUAUGUUGGAAAAGUCAAAUACUCCUCUCUUAAAUCCAGUUGUCCUUAUUUUGGUACAGUUGGAUAUUUCAGAAAAAGUUUCUUUCAACAUUGGCAUGGAAGAACUAACUUGGAUCAAGAAAUUUGCAAGGGAAGUGAAAAAGAAAAACAUUUUGGUUUAUGGCCUCUUUAUCAACAUUGAAAGUGACCAUUUGCUGCUUCAGGAGACAGUAAAUUCUGCUGCUGCUCUUAUCAUGGCAUUAAUAAAGGACAGAAAUCCGGCGCUGAUAGGCCAGCUGUUGGUAGCGUAA